GGCAACAAUGCCGAAAAAAUGGCCUAUCAAGACGACGAAUUACAAGCCUGAUUGAUGUAGUAUGACUACAAGCAUCUUCUGCCGGCAUGGCACCUCCAGCAAAGAGACAAAAGCGCAACGUCAUUCCUUCCUCCUCCCCAGUAACGUCUGAUAAUGAGUACGAAGAGCCUGUCGUCAAAUCGAAUGCUCGACUGAACGAUCUCAUUUCCUCCUCGCCAACCUCCUCAAACGAUCCCAAAACCGGGACAUCUGGAAAACCUUCUAGCCAAUCGAUGGGUACGAGAUGGGAGCCUCGGUCGAAGACGGCGAAUCGUCCCCACAAUGCCGCUCCUCUCCCCCCUCCGAAACCAGCGCGCGGAGACAGGACAGCCAGCAAGAGCGCUAGCAAUAGCCCCGAGAAGGCAAAGCGCAAGGGAAAGGUUGAGGAGAAGGUCAAGAGCGGGGAUUUAUUCACACUCUUUACGAAACAAGCGCAAAGACAAAAGGCUGAGGCUGCUAGUAGCGGGGUUACUGGGAGGCCCAGAAUCACCCCCCAGAGCUCGAAAGAGCUCACGAUUGAGGAUGAUGAUAUUGUAUCAGACGACGAUGUUGUCGAGAGCAAGGCGCAGUCUGCCAGUAUGGUCGGACUGGCCGCUCGAAAACGGGCGAGGGCAGCUAAUCUACUGAGGAAUGGGGACGAAGGUGCGCCGAGCGCAAGCCAGAAGUUUGUUAUGAAACCAAAGGUGUUGAGGGAGGUUCAGAGUGAGGAUGAUAUGAGACCUUGGGCAGAGCGAUUUGCGCCAGUUAAUCUGGAUGAAUUAGCUGUGCACAAGAAGAAGGUCGCUGACGUUCGGACGUGGUUUGAAAAUGUCAUGAGUGGCAGGAUGAGACAGCGACUGCUUCUCCUGAAGGGAGCUUCUGGGACUGGAAAGACAACUACGGUCCAACUAUUGGCGAAAGCGAUGGACUGUGAUGUGUUGGAGUGGCGGAAUCCCGUGGGAUCCAUAGCCACAUCGGAUGGAUAUCAGUCUAUGGCUGCUCAGUUCGAGGAGUUUAUGGGACGAGGAGGAAAAUUUGGCCAACUAGAUAUAUCUUCUGAAAAUGGCACAGUACCUCCAAAACCAGAAGUCAAACCUCUCGAUCGCCGGAAACAGAUCAUAUUGGUAGAAGAGUUCCCCAAUACUUUCACCAGAUCGUCUACGGCUUUGCAGUCAUUUCGGUCUACGAUUCUUCAAUACCUUGCAGCCAACACGCCGCCUCUUUCGAUGGCGUAUAAUAACGCUGGGAAAGAGCCCAUAACACCUGUGGUCAUGAUUGUUUCCGAGACUCUACUCACCACCACGUCUGCAUCCGCAGAUAGCUUCACGGCUCAUCGUCUGCUUGGCCCGGAGAUUCUGAUGCACCCAGGGGUAGGUGUCAUCGAAUUCAAUGCCAUUGCCCCUACUUUGCUUGCCAGGGCCUUAGAGAUUGUUGUGCAAAAAGAGUCGAGGAAGUCCGGCAGAAGAAAGACGCCUGGACCUCUGGUUCUGAAGAAGCUCGGUGAGGUUGGGGACGUUCGAAGUGCGAUCGGCUCCUUGGAGUUUCUAUGCUUAAGAGGGGACGUUGAUGGCGACUGGGGAGCCAAAGUAACGUUCGGCAAGGCCAAGAAAGCCAGCAAAGAUGUAGCUUUGACGAAGAUGGAAGCACAGAGUUUAGAGUUGAUUACUCGUCGCGAGGCCAGUCUUGGCAUCUUCCAUGCCGUUGGAAAGGUGGUGUAUAACAAGCGUGAAGAGAUGGCACCCGCCCUAGAAGCUGGCACUGACGUGGAGCAACUGCCCGACUUCAUGUCUCUCCAUUCCCGACCGAAAAGAUCACAGAUCUCGGUCGACGAACUCAUCGACGAGACGGGGACCGAUACUCAGACCUUCAUCGCGGCGCUCCAUGAAAACUACCUCCUCUCUUGCGAUGCCUCUCCCACAUCAUUCGACUUCUCCUCUCUCGAUCAUGUGAAUGGAUGCAUCGACGCCCUCUCAGACAGCGACCUUCUCUGCCCAUCGUGGGACGGCUCCUUCAACCCAUCAGGCUUCGGUGGCGGCGUAGGCGGUCGAGGCACCGGCGGUGACAUCCUCCGGCAGGACGAAAUCAGUUUCCAGAUCGCCGUCCGCGGCAUCCUCUUCUCCCUUCCUCACCCCGUCAAGCGGAAAGAGCCCGCCGCCGGAGGCCUCCGCACCGGUAAGGGGGGAGACGCCUUCAAGAUGUUCUACCCCACCAGCCUCAAGCUGUGGCGGGCGAAAGAAGAGAUCCAGAACACCAUCGAUCUCUGGGUGACGCGGCUGCUGAAGGGCGACGAGCCGCAUCUCCACACCAUCACCACGGGCGCUGCCGCCUUCGCGCGCGCCCCCAAGCCCGGCACCGUCGAGAGCUGGAAGAACCCUAACUUCAGCCAGGAGGCUCCCGAUCCCAAGAACCCGCGCCAGAACGCAGACGCCGCGCCGCUGCUGGCCGUCGGCACUUCGGCACGGACCGAGAUGCUGCUCGAGCGGCUGCCGUACAUGGUUCACGUAGCUCGCGCGCGGAGGGGCCCUGCGUCGGCUGCCCUGGCGCUGCGAGAGAUGGAGAAGGUCACGGCGUUCCGGGGCAUUGGCGGGCCGUCGGCGGCGGAGGAGGAGGAGACGCUGGAUGAUGAUGGUGAUGAUGGGGCGGUAGCGCUGACGGGGGAGUCGGAAUGGGCGACGGAUAAGCCAGUCGAGGGACAGUCGCCGCGCAAAAGGGGAUUGGUGAUUAGAGGAAGGGGCGCGGCUUCGGGACUCCCGUUGCAGCAACCGGAGCAGAAGCUGGUCCUGAGCGAUGAUGAUAUUGAAGAUGAUUAGAAAGAUUCUAUAGUCGACUAAGGUACCUAGGUAGGUAUGUAGAAGGACGGAGUUUUUUUUUGUAUGUACAAUAGCUGCAAAAGUAGCAGGGACGGAUCCACAUGGGGAAUCUUUGGGGGGUUGAAAAAAAUAUGAUUACAUGGUUUCAAUUUUGAUAUACACUUUUUGAUACAUGUCGUCGCUUCAUGACCCAGCCCAACCCUAAGACUCCAUAUUACAAGAAACGCCACAGGCAAUAUACAAGAUAAAUUUUGUGUUAUUAGUUGGUUUCAGCAGAGGGACCUCCGAAG